AAGCCAUGAACGACACCAGCUGGGCCGAAUGGAAGCCCCUGAACACGAGCAGUGGCCCCGUGAAUGUGUCCGAGCAUCACGCCUGCCCGCUGGGAUUCGGCCACUACAGCGCGGUGGACGUCUGCAUCUUUGAGACGGUCGUCAUUGUCUUGCUGACUUUUUUGAUCAUCGCCGGGAAUUUGACGGUCAUCUUCGUCUUCCACUGUGCGCCGCUCCUGCACCACUACACCACCAGCUACUUCAUCCAGACCAUGGCCUACGCCGAUCUCUUUGUCGGAGUCAGCUGCCUGGUUCCCACCCUGUCCCUGCUCCACUACUCCACCGGAAUCCACGAGUCUCUCACCUGCCAGGUGUUCGGAUAUAUCAUCUCCGUCCUGAAAAGCGUUUCCAUGGCAUGUCUUGCUUGCAUCAGCGUGGACCGCUACCUCGCCAUCACCAAGCCCCUCUCCUACAACCAACUGGUCACCCCUUGCCGCCUGAGGAUCUGCAUUGUUUUAAUCUGGAUCUACUCCUGCCUCAUCUUCUUGCCUGCCUUUUUCGGCUGGGGGAAACCUGGUUACCAUGGUGACGUUUUUGAGUGGUGUGCCACCUCAUGGCUCACCAGUGCCUACUUCACGGGCUUCAUUGUUUGUUUACUUUAUGCGCCCGCUGCCUUUGUGGUCUGCUUCACUUACUUCCACAUUUUCAAGAUCUGCCGGCAGCACACCAAAGAGAUAAAUGACCGGAGGGCCCGAUUCCCCAGCCACGAGGUGGACGCCUCCGGUGAGACUGGCCACAGCCCCGACCGUCGCUACGCCAUGGUCCUAUUUAGAAUCACUAGUGUUUUUUACAUGCUCUGGCUCCCCUAUAUCAUUUAUUUUCUCCUAGAAAGCUCGCGGGUCUUGGACAACCCUGCACUGUCCUUCCUGACCACCUGGCUUGCUAUCAGCAACAGUUUCUGUAACUGUGUGAUCUACAGCCUUUCCAACAGCGUUUUCCGGCUCGGUCUCCGAAGACUGUCAGAGACCAUGUGCUCGUCAUGUAUGUGUCUGAGAGAUCGGGAAGCACGAGACCCAAAGCCUCGGAAGCGGGCUAAUUCCUGCUCCAUUUGAAGAGA